AUGAGUACGCAAAGAACACCGACGGGAACAACCUCUCAAAUAUUUGAUGGCGACAGCGAGGGGGGUGACCAUACAUCUGUACCUGCGUCAAUUAACGUAGCAAAAAGGCCUAGCAAACUCCCUGCCGUAAAGUCUCCUCCAAUUGUGAAUUUACCAGAAGGCGCGUACGAUAGUACGAACACAGGGCUUCGCAAUAUAAUUGAAGAUAUAGUACAGAGGGAAAUGAGUAAUUUACUGACUAAACUUAACAUCUCAAUGGGCAUUUUGCUUAACACCCAACUUAAAUCAAUCAAAGAUGAAAUACAAGACGUAAAAGAGUCAAUGUCAUUUAUGAGUAGUCAGUAUGAGGAAAUUAACAGGGAGCUCAAGGCAUCUAAAACAUCAAUACAGGGGUUACAAAUAAAGAGUGAUAAACUUCAACCCACAAUAAACGAUAUAAAUUUUCGCAUAAACCAAAUAGAACAAGAAGCAAGAUCUAAUAAUCUUGAGAUUCAAUGCAUGCCGGAAAAAAAAUGA